UGCAUUCACGUACUGCCGGCAAAAUGGGAAGAACAACAACAAGCUCCAGUAGUGAGCUAGCUAGCUUAAAAAAACCUGUGAAGUUGAUUUCAUGGCAGCUGUAGUCUUUAUUUUUUAUCGCCCCGUUGGUUAUUUAAACUCAAAACACGACGAAUAAUUAAACGACAAGGGCGAUGAAGCUAGGUUAGCAAACGACCGAGCUGUUCAGUGAAGCUAAAGUUAGACUAUAUCGUACAUUACGGUACCCUCAGGUGCAUCAUAUGGAGGUCAAAGGACAACAACAACACACACUUCAGUAGAAAGGCAAUAAUUAGUUCUUCAUUCUGUUUUAUUUUAAAUGGAGAAAAUGUGUUAACAGCUCGUGUCCGUGUUUGGGAACCCGCUUGUUGUAAAACGGAGUCAUGCAAUGAAGGUCUGUGGGUAGUUUAGUUUGCUGAGUUAUGGCGUCUUUGGUGAGCCCCUCGUUAAUGUCACCUGUGAGACUGAGUUGUUUGUAUCGCAGUCUGUGCUCAGGACCAAGCAGGACGCUCUCUGCACACGGCUUUGGUCAGAGGAGUUUUUGUCCAGCUGAAGGUGCAGCAGCUCUGCUCAGACGAUCAAACUCUCCCUGGUGGGAUGGAACUCGAGGGCUUUUCUCCCAUGGUGGUGGUGCAGCGGACAAGCAGCAGACUCUGCAGGACAUUGCCAAAAACAUUAGAGAGAAGCAGCACAAGAGGGUGGUGGUGAUGGCCGGAGCUGGGAUUAGUACUCCUAGUGGCAUCCCAGAUUUCAGGUCUCCAGGCAGCGGUCUCUAUGACAACCUGCAGCAGUAUGACCUGCCCUAUGCCGAGGCCAUAUUCGAGAUUGGCUUUUUCCACCGAAACCCUAAUCCCUUCUUCGCCCUGGCCAAAGAGCUGUAUCCAGGAAACUACCAGCCCAAUCUGACCCACCACUUUGUACGUCUGCUUCACAAGAAGGGUCAGCUCCUCAGGAUGUACACGCAGAACAUCGACGGGCUGGAAAGAUUGGCAGGAAUUCCUCCAGAGAUGCUGGUCGAGGCCCAUGGCACGUUUGCCACAGCCACCUGCACUGUCUGUCUGAGGAAGUAUGAGGGCGAGGACCUUCGACCUGAUGUGAUGAGUGGGACGGUCCCUAAGUGUCCCACCUGUAAGGGCGUGGUGAAGCCUGACAUUGUGUUUUUCGGGGAGGAGCUUCCACGGCAUUUCUUCAAGUACGUCACAGACUUCCCGCUGGCAGAUCUCCUGAUCAUCAUGGGCACGUCACUGGAGGUGGAGCCCUUCGCCAGUCUGGCUGGAGCCGUGCGCAGCUCAGUUCCCCGUCUGCUCAUCAACAGGGACUUGGUGGGGCCCUUCGCCUGGGGCCGCCGGCCUCAUGACGUCGUGCAGCUGGGUGACGUGGUCGGCGGCGUGCAGGCCCUGGUCGACGCCCUCGGCUGGACUCAGGAGCUGGACGCUCUGAUGGCCGCCGCUGCUGCUAAGAAAGCUGCAACAAAGACAGAGGAGUGACACCACAUCAAGCUGGAGGUUUGACUUCAUUCACUGCACUCAGCACCUAAAACACCUGAACCUCAGGACAAAAUCCACAUGACUCUUUUGCACGUUGUUGUUUCACUGAGGAUCAUGUACUAACAGAAGUAAUGGGGUCACGGUUGUGUCAGUGGAAACUCAGUGACGGGCAAAUAAGGAGCUGCUAUAAUGGAAAUGCAGUAGAAAGCAAUAGAAAUGAAACAUGCAGGUAAGUGAUGCCCAGUGAUGAAAUCGAAACAGGAGCUUUUUGUCUCAACAAAAAGAAACUGUCAAAAAUAGAUACAGGGUUUUCCAUUUAAGUUUUACCUACAAUAGAAUAUCUUAUGCAACUCAUGUUGACUAAGAGUGAAGAUGUACAAUAUUCUUUUUUAUUUAUUUACCUCUGGUUUCUUGAAAUAUUGUUUCCAAGUUCUGCAUAAGAAAUGCAGUUACAGUCUCUGUGGUGGCCUUCGUUUGUGUGAAAAUUCAUUUAAUCUCACAAAAAAAAUAUAUACAG